AAUUUUUAACAAUUAACUGGAUCUAUUCUGUAUAACAAUCAUUGUACAUUUCGACUUUUUCAUGAGCGGUGGUUGGUCAGUGAAAGGUGUAAUAUAAUUUACUUUUAAAAUGAAGCGUGGACAACUUUUCAUCAUCAUAUAUUUCGCUUUUCACAAUGAAGUAAGCGGGCUAAAAGCAGCGCACAAAGAAGUACACACAAUAUCCGUCGAGCCCCUGGACUAUGGAGCAGACAAGGGCUACUUGCCUGUCGGUACUCGCAAAACUAUCAGUUGCAAAGGUGGUGAUAAGAAUCAAAAGGUAGAAUGGAUAGAUCCCUAUGGGAAUGUAGUGCAGAGAGUAUCAACGAAUAGAGUAUUUGUACAGGAGCACUUUGUACCGUCGUAUAGAGCUCGUAUACCAGCUGCUGUUCUUGUACUAACUCGAGCUGCCGUCGAAGACAGCGGUAUAUGGGAGUGCAGGGCUGGUAACAAGAAGCAAGAGAUAUCUAUCUGCGUUCUUGAUGCUGCAGAAUUCGUGGAUACUCCAACUGAUGUAACCGUCGAUCUUGGAAGGUCCAUAACCCUAACAUGCCAGUCCCGUGGGGGGCCAGAGCCUCGAUUGCAGUGGAGCAGAAAUGGAGAAAUCAUAACUGAUGAUGUGAAUUCUUCGAAGUAUGCAAUUUCAACUAAAUAUAACAGCCAAGGGUUCGAAGGACUCUUGACCGUGAUGUCCUUGGAGAGAGAGGACGCCGGCGUGUACAUCUGUGAGGCGGUACAGGAGAGUCCACAUGAUAGUGAAUGCACUGUCACAAAGAGUAUCAAUAUAACUUUGAAUGUCAAUUAUGCCCCUUUCUUCCCGGACGGUAAUGAGACCGCCAUAGUUUUCGUCAAAGAAAAUGAAAGAAUGGACCUGUCCUGUUCUGCAGACGGCUUCCCAGCUCCAAAUUACAGAUGGUUUAAGGAAAUUGGGGAUGUUUUAUCUGAGUUUCCUCAAAGUGACAUUAAAUCUGAAGAGGAUGGAACUAAAGCUAUUAUAACAUUAAAAGGAGGAGAAGCAUUAUUUGGCCAAAGAUUCAGAUGCAGAGCCACUAAUCAGUAUGGUAGUAUCGAUAAAGUAUAUGCUCUGCAAAAACUAGAAAGACCGGUGAAACCAAGCGAGCUAAAUAUAAAUAACUCAUCGUUUGAUUCACUACAAAUCAACGCUAUCUGGGAAGAUGAAGCUUUUUACCAGGUUGCAGGUGUCGAAAUUCAAUAUUUAGAAUUGCGCAGUCUAGGAAAGAAAAAGAUAAGUUCGCCACGUGAAAGUGACUGGCGUAAGGCUGAUGAAGUGGAAAUAGCGUCAGAAGACUUUGAUUCGACAGAAAGCAGUCUUGGUGGAGCAUUCAUUACAUUACCCAAUCUAGAAGAAGAUACCGAAUACUGGAUUCGUCUUAGAGCAACAAAUGAGGCUGGUAAAUCUUCGUGGUCUGAAGCAAUACUCGCCUCAACGAACAUUAAAAUAGAUAUCGAAGAGGUGUCCCAAGAAAGUCUUAAUGAAGAUAGAAUCAAUCAUGAUUCGGAAGCGCGGGUCUACGGACUCUUGUUUGCAGGAGGAGUUCUUGUUAUAGCUUUUGGUUCUAUGUUUGUUAUUCGAGUUGUAUAAAGAUUAAUCAAUUUUGAAUAAAUAUUGAACGGAAUAA